AUGGGUGAUAGGUCCCUUCUUGUUAGCAAUGGCAAUGAUGAAGAAAUUUAUAAUUCUCAAGUUGUUAAAGAUUAUAAUCCUAAUUUGAUUUCAUUUUCAGAUUCUACGCAACAAAAUCUUGUCCCUAAUGAAACUUUUGAUUUUGUUUUGGCCUAUGGUUAUCCUCAAUUAUCAAAUUUUAUUGAAAGAGCUUUGAAAGUUGGUGAUAUUCUAGUUGUACCACUAAGUGACAAUCCUUUGGUUGAUGAAUUUCCACAUCCAUCAAAUUACAAGAUUGUCUAUGUUAGAAAAUUUGAUUCAACUAUUGUAGCCAUGAAGAAAAUAAAGAAUGCCUCUAUCAACUCUUCUACGCGGCGACUUCUUGAAACUAAUGCAGAAAAGGUGUCUAGUUCGAGCUCUGGGAACAGAAAGGUUUUUGAUAAGGAGCAUUUGACUUCCCUUAGUCAGUUUGCUCAGCGUGAAUCUGAAUUUGUCAGGUCGGAUGAUUUUACAAGUGCAAAAAAGGCAGCACUAAAGAAACUAGAAAAUGUACUACUUGAACCACCAAGAGCAGCCUCAGGAAAAUCGAGUAGAUAUCUAAAAAAGACACAUUUUUUACCUAAUUUAAUGGGGGUUUCCCUACAGAGUUACCCAAGAAUGGUGUUCAUUGAUGUUGGUUUACAAGAAAAGAAUGAAAAAUCAAGUGAUAAUUAUCAUUCUACUUGGUUUACAAAGCAUUAUCCUAAAUGA